UGAUUCCUUACCUAAGGUGUUUUAAGGAUUCAGUCCUUGUAGACGUGGCAAUCCACCCCCAUAUCGCGCAGCCGCUUCACCGAUCCUUUAACCACCGAUCUACACUCCCCUCCGCCUCUAAGAAACUCCUCUUCCUCAGGAACCCCACUCCCAGCCCCACGAUCGUCGCCGGUGCCAGAAACCUUACUCCGACGGCUCAACGGAACCCACGAACCACGCCUCUUCUGCUUCGUCCUCCAUCGAUUUCCUAAACCCUUUGCCAUCGCCUCAAGGUGUGUGUGUGAGAAAAGGAUGGAUCAACGGACCUGAAUCCAAACGGAAGAAAGAAUCUUGGAAGCUUAAAAGUUAUGGUAGUCAGAUCAAGCGUGAUAGUACUAAGAAGCUGGUAGUUCUCAAACCUACGGGAGGUCCAAGUCUACUGGUUUCCAGAUGAUCGCUGCUCCAUCUGCGCCAUUCAUUACUUCUGUGGCUCAAACUCAGAGCAGGAAUGCGUUUUAUAGUGCUUUGAAGAAGAAGAAGACAUCUACAAACAUCUCAAUCUCAACUAGCUCUUUCAUCCUCCCUUCUGUCGAGGAAAAAACAGAUAUCUCUAAGGAGCUUGUAGCUAGUAACCCUUCAAGUGGGCAGGCUGCAGAAAGAGAUGAUGGUUUUGAAUCGGCAGACCUUCCAGAUAAAGAAGAGGCUGAGUUCCUUAAAUCCCUUGGGUGGGACGAAAAAAAUACUGAGGUAGAAGCCCUUACAGACGAGGAAAUCCGAGCCUUCUAUGAACAGCACAAGGAGGUGAAGCCAUUACUGAUGAAAAAGCUGCCUAUCAUUACUGAGGCGUAACUCCUAAUCCGUGAUCUGAUUUUGAAGACAGUUUCUUAUUUUUGGUGGUGGAGGAGGCUUCAGUUGCAGUAUGAGUGUUGUUCUACUUCUUCAGAAAAGCAACAAAAUUGAGUAUUUGUAUAUCUUUUGGUCUGAAGAUAGAGAGUGAUUUUGUUUUGAAAGCUUCCCUAGGUUUCUAACGUUUGAUGAUAAUCAACGGCUUCUUUAAGAGCCUGGAGAAGGUGAAGCCUGAGCCUUCAGAGGGCUCCUCCUUUUUCAGAGACUGCCUCGUAGAAUUGAGGGUAUGCUUUUAGCCUUCAGAUUCUAAAGUUUCAGUUCUUUUUUUUCUUUUCUAGGUUGUAUCCUAGUGACUAUGCUUGUUUCAAGUUAAGAUUGACAAGUAGUAAAAACACCAUUGGACAUUCUUUUUGGAUUAGAAUCCUUAACUAUUC